GCAAAAAAAAUAAACAAUAUGACAAUGUCACAAAUCAGAUAGGGUUGUUUAUACAAAAUAAUUAUUAAGAAUUAAGUAUAUUAAUUAUUUACGAUGAGUAAAGGUGAAAAAGUACCGAAAAUCCCAAUUGUAGACUUGUCCAGGUUUUGUAGAAGUUCUUUUACAGUGACUUUUGUAGUUGAAGUUGUUGGUAUCGAAGUUUGGCAUGAUUGUAAUGAGGGUUGGCUGGAGCUGGGACCUGUUCUCACUGGAUUCAAAAUAAACUAUCAGCUUUAUCCCGGACAAAGUUUCGAUAUAGAUAUUCUGAUAUGGCCACAUACAGCCAAGGUGUAUUUUGGAACCAACUAUGGUUGGGUUCGAACUUGGCAAUUUUUGGAAAGAAGAUGGUUAGCUUUCUCGAUACGACAUUGGUUUCCUGUACGAGUGACUGACUUACGACACUACGUUGCCACUGUGACUCCACAUGCAGGAUUACUGACCCUUAGUGCCCAUGCGAAAACCGACAGAUCCACUGAUGUAUUUCUUCCUUCUCUGACGUUUGGGCAACGUCGGCAAUUCGCUCCUGUUUUGGAACCGGACGACAAGACUUCGCACGAGUUUAUCACAGAAUUGAUUUGGAGAUGCGUCGUCUAUCACAUACCAAUGAUGUAUGCAGAUCUACUGUUUGACACGCCAUAUCCAGUUGCAGAAAUUAGACACCAAGAUGCAGCACUAUACCACGUACGGGAUGCAGUUUUGCAUCGCGCAGAAAGAGACGAAGCACACGCGCAUGAAAUUGAAGAGAAACAUAAAACUAAAAGCGAAUCAAAAUUAAGAGAUAAGAAAAAACUUCAGGAAGCCCAGAAACUUAAAUACGAAAUUAAGUUAUCCGGGGAUACACUGCUAGCUGGUAUUGGACGAAUAACUCCAUUUGAACUCUAUGGAGAUAGGCCUGCAGAUCAAGGAGAAGUUAUAGCUCUGAUAAGUAGCACCAAUGUGCCAGCUCAAGAUGAUCUGCCAGUUUUUUUUGUCAACGUUGGACUUCUCUCAGAUUUUCCAGUAGAAAAUUUCAAGAAAAACGGAAUAACUCAUCUUUACACGAGGUGGACAUUGAGUGAUGAAGAACAUAGCUCUGAACAUAUACCUAUAUCACCGCCCAAAACAGAAAUGAACUUUCACGAUCAUCAUUCAAUACCAAUGCCGGUUAUUAUAGCGUCGGAUGUCAUGGCUUUAUUUACUGAUGAUCCGUUUGAGAUUGAGGUACGUGGAAUUAGAACACCACCCCCAUUAUAUAAUAAACCAAACUUUUUCGGUUAUGAAAACAGAGAUCGUGAUUUUGGUAUGUCUGUGCCACCUCCUUUACCUAAUCAGGAUACAGACGUUCUUAUUGCAAUAGCGAAGAUUGACGCUAAAGCAUUAUCAAAAAUAAAUGGGUCCGCUUGUGGAGAAUAUCCAUUAUAUCCCCCGAAACAAUCAUACGUAAAAUUAGAACGUGAAGGGAUUUGUACCAAUGACAUAAAUGCAGUAAGAGCUCAGGUUUUUCCGGAAUUGUUUAUACAACCGGGCAAUAUCUUACAAGCACAGAUGACUUUAGAAGUGUCGCUAGGACUGGUUGGUUGUAAGCCCCAAAAUGUCCAUCAGCGAUAUUCUAGAUUAUUUUGUCUCAUAAGCAAUCAAGAAGCAAUAAUGACCAUUUUACGACUGAUUACACAAAUAAACGAAUCCGUUAUGCUAACGGGUAACACAGAGUGUUUGUUGACUGGAUUCGGAUUAGAUACAGGCGAUACUGUCAUGUUGUAUGUGGAAGGACCAAAAGACGGACGAAUUUUAAAAGUCUGGGAACUGACUGAAGAUUUUUAUCCAGGCGUAAAGCCUAUUUUUUGUACUGCAGCCAAAUAUCCUUGUCGUUUGUAUCCUGAGUUACUAUUGGCUGCUAUGCCCUUUAAUAUUUUAAAGAUGUUUGUGCCGCUUGCUGUGAUAUUAUCUUUGGCACCAAUAUACGCCCGCCCAGCUCUACCGUUACCUACUCGUUCUGCUGUACUGAAACUUGCACGUUUGAUUGCGGGCAAGUUUCGGGACGUUCCGUAUCAUCAGGACAUGCCAACAGGGAUGGAAUUGAAAAGUUUUCGGCUUGAACUGUGUGUCGCACCUCGACCCCCUCCUGUGCCCAUCCCCGAGAUACCGUCAUCGAAACAACUACAAAGUAAUGAUCAGCCAAAAGCAGGGUCAAGUGCGACAAGAAUUAAUUGGGAAACUAAAGACGUACAAAAAUAGAUUUUUCUUUCGUUACUACUAUUUUUUGUUACAAAUAUAUAUGUACAUUUACUGUUUACUACUUAUUCUUCUGUUUUCUUUGGCAUUAGGAUGACGUGAACGGAGAAUGAUAAUUGGAAAGUUACGUUAUCCAGUAGCCACUUAUUUUAAUGGUUUUUUGCUACGAAAAUCAGAGCAGUGAUAACCAGACCAGUCCAUUAAUGUCUAUUUAACCACUUUUGCGUAUUACAAGUAACUAUCAUUACCUAAAAACGCUGAAAAAAUUAAUCGUAAGAUACCUUCCUGGCCCCGCUAUGUACAAUUGCCGUAUUGUCCUAUACAUUUCAUUCAUCGGUAAUUAUUAAUAGUGGAAUACGGGCCCUGUACCAACCAGGGUCCCUAGACCUAAUAACACAACAGUAACUCAUGGGUUUUAAUUGUGCUCAAGUCACUGAUCCUAUGCGAGGAUUGAACCCACGAUACGUCACUGUGGGCUGAACGUACCUACUUUCACCACGCAGUCCGUGCAGUCAAAUUGUUUUAACUAUUGUUCCUAGCCUUACAUUAAUUAAAAACAUAUUAAGUUACGUCACUCAACAAUAUGAACUCCACAAUUGUUUAAGUUUGGUUGUGUAAGUAAAGUUUGUAGUUACGCGACUUCUCGGCUUCUAAACCAGGUAAGGAGCUUAGUACGAUGGUUUGGUUUAAAUGUGAACAAGUCCACGUAAAUUCAGUUGACGUAAUAUUUCAUAGCACUCUUGUACAUCUUCUGUUGGUCGUUUUUUAUAUUUUGUUUAUACUAAAGCCUAAACUUGUAAUGCCACACGCGACA